CUCAACAACCAAAACCACCAACUUUCCCUAAAACAACAAAAAAGAAAGAAAGACAACUUUUGAACCUGAAUUUGAUACAUACAAAGGUGGGUAUGUUGGGAUUUUGUUAUCCAGGAUAUGCAUGAAAAUGGAGAGAAGAACAGUGACGCUAAAAUGGGAUCAUUUGGAUGAAUUUGACGAUGACGACGAUGAUGAAUUCUUUGAAAGCACCAACCGUAUGUCUGUGGUUGUCCCUCUUGACAUGACUUUAUCUGAACUCGACGAUGACGACAACGACCAAGAAUUUAAUGACCCCCGGGUGUCUUUUUCCCAGAACCUCCCUUCAAAUUUGAUUAGGGAACCGCAAAAAGCUAUGGUUGUUAAUCCAGCCUCCACGUCUCAAUAUGAUAUGUGGAUGGUCGCUCCUGGAUCCAUUACUGACCGGCGAAGAAAGCUUCUACAGGGCAUGGGGUUGAAUAGCAAUAAAGAUUUUGCAAGGCUAUCUAGCACAACUAACAACAAACUUAGCAAAGCGUCUCCAAAAAUAUUGGUUUCAACAAAACCUGCCGUUACUUCUCUAGACACGAACAUUAUUAACGAUAAAACAAAAGCAGGUUCAGUGGUAAAAGAUUCUUCACCUCGUUUAAAGGCAUCAGAACAGGUCAAGCAUAAGCAGUCGGAGUCACAGCCACAAGCUCAGACUCAGGCUAAAGCGCAGGCCCAGUCUGAACCCCAGGAACAUGCUAAAGCUGAGCCUCAACCUCAGCCUCAGGUUAUAUCCCAGCCAAACCAACAGCCUGAGUCGCAGCCUGAAUCUGAACCACAACCUCAAUCGCAGCCGCAAGCUCAGGAUCAAUAUCAGGCUCAAGCUCAGACUUCUACCUUACCCCUGUUGUUAAUUCGUUCUAGGUCCGACAGUGAUAUAGAAACUAGUUCCUUCAAUACAAAAAGACGAAAACAGGAAUUGAUUGGUUUGAUAUCAAAACAAUGCCUUACAAGAACAUCAUCCGAAAUGGUAGCAGCAUCUGUUGGAUUAUCAUGUCAGUAUGCCAACAUUCUUAGAGUUUACAACCCCAGUAACGAGCAACGGAGAAACUCUUCUACAUCUACAACCAAAAUCAAAAACAAUGCCAACAACGCGAGCUCAAGUGCACAAUUGGAUUCUUUCUUCUUGAUCAAGAAUCUAGAUACUGGAAAGGAAUUUGUGGUUAAAGAGUUCAAUGACGAAGGAAUGUGGAAUAAGGUGAAUGAUCUACAAACCGGGAAGCAACUCACAAUGGACGAAUUUGAAAAAACAGUUGGGCAUUCACCUGUUGUGAAGGAACUGAUGCGUCGAACUAGUCACAAGAAAGGCAAUGCAAACAGUAAAUUCGCCAUGACCAACUCGUAUGUUAGCAAGAGCUUUAGAUAUAGCAAGAAAAAAGGAGCAGCAAUUUUGAAGAACAUAAAGGGAUCAAUGAGAAUAUCAAGAACAGAAAAAGAAAAGGAUGACAGUGUAACGGCUAAUACUUCAUCAGCAUCGUCUUCUCAAACCAAUGAAGCUCAAAAGGCCAAAGGAGAUCAAACCACUAAAGGAGAUCAAAAGACCAAAGGGGAACAAAAAAUGAAAGGGGAUCAAAACACCAACGAAGAUAAAAAGGCCAAUGGAGAACAAAAAAUGAGUGGAGAACCAAAAACAUCUACCAACAAGAACUCAAACUCAGAAUGGGUGAAAGCUAAAGCUCAUGGUAAACCCUUGAAGGAGUUCUCAGCAUUGCAUCAAUGUCAAGAAAUCCAGGCUCAUGAUGGAUCAAUUUGGACCAUGAAAUUUAACUUUGAUGGUCACUAUUUGGCUUCUGGUGGCGAAGAUAAGGUUAUCCGUGUCUGGGAAGUUCAAGAAUGUGACGUUAUGUCAAUGCGGUCAGGAGACGACAACAAGGGUUUAAGUACUCCUGAAAACAGGCCGCCCUUACCAGACAAUUCUGUGACGACCUCAGACAAGAAGAAAAGGUCAAAGAACAAUAAAAAGAAAUCAGGGGUUCCUGAAUACGUGAAGGUACCCGAAAUUAUGUUUGGGUUAUCAGAAAAACCUGUCUGCACAUUAGAAGGUCACCAAGAUGAUAUCUUAGACCUAUCUUGGUCGAAAUCUCAGCUCCUGCUUUCAUCUUCAAUGGACAAAACCGUUAGGCUAUGGGAUGUUGAAACCAAAAACUGUUUAAAACAAUUUGCUCAUAGUGAUUACGUUACUUGUAUACAGUUCAAUCCAAAAGACGAAAAUUACUUCAUAAGCGGUUCAUUAGAUAAAAAGGUUAGAAUAUGGAGCAUACCAAGUCGGAAAGUUGUAGAUUGGAGUGAUCUUCAUGACAUGUUAACUGCCAUAUGUUAUUAUCCUGAUGGAGAGGGUGCCAUUGUUGGAUUACACAAAGGCGACUGCAAGUCAUAUAAUACUACUGACUGCAAGCUCGAGCAGAAGGAUCAAAUUGAGUUGCAUACUAAACCAAAAGCAGACCCAAAAAAGAUAACAGGUUUCCAGUUUUCUCCAUCAAACCCAUCUGAGGUGCUAGUUACUUCUGCUGAUUCUCGUGUUAGAAUUUUGGACGGGUCACAUGUCAUCGAUAAACUUAUAGGUUACAAAAAUACUAGCAGUCAAUUUAUAGCUCAAUACAGCACAGAUGGGAACUACAUAGUUUGUGCUAGUGAAGAUUCACAAGUAUACAUAUGGAAGCAUGAAAAACCAAAAAAUAAUGGUGCUGCUAAACCUAAAUAUGUGACCACUACUUCUUAUGAACACUUCUCAUGCACAGAAGUUACAGUCGCACUACCUUGGCAAGGAAGUGGCAAAAGGUCCGGCCCACUUCCUGUAGACAAUAAUGGGAAGACUAAGAAGUCUAAGUUACCACCAGUUCCUAAAAAGGACACAGAAAAAGGUACAAAUGAAGACUCGGAAGAGCCUUCUAAUUCUGACACAGGUGCCAGUGAGUCUGGUGAUGGUUCAUUACAGUCGGAUAGAGGUAACAACACCACGGCUGCUGGUAACAACAAUGUCCAGUCAACGGCAUGGGGGUUAGUGAUUGUGACGGCGGGAGUGGGUGGUGAGAUUAAGGUUUACCAGAAUGUCGGAUUGCCAGUUAAGGUUGGCUAUCAAACAAAUCUGUUUUAAGACCUCAUAUAAUUCAAACAUUUAGUACAUCUAAUGUUUAUAAAAUAUGAAGGUCUUGAUGUACAAUUGUAGAGCACUACAUACACUAAAAUGUGUACAAUAGUUUGUCAAUAGUUCAGUAACUUGUAGAAGUUGAUCAAUUC